AUGGCUGAAAAGCCAAAUACCACCGCACCCAUGCCCACCACAGCCACGCCCAUGGCCCUCGAGGCCCAAUCGCAAAAUUCACUCAGAAAGAUUGACACCAAAGCUUCGGAGAUAUACGACAACAUACCUAUGUGGCGGAAAUGCAUUGUCGUCUUCGUGUUGAGUUGGUCAGUAUUGAGUGCUAGUUUCUCCAGCACGUCACUGCUCAGUGCAAGCACGGAGAUUGCACGGGAUCUUCAGACAACAGAGCAAGUAGCCAAGUUGUCGACAUCGGGACUAGUGUUUGCCAUGGGUCUCUCGCCGUUGAUCUGGUGUCCAAUUGCACGAAUAAUCGGAAGACGAAUGGCGUAUACUGCGUGCCUUGCAGUCUUGAUGGGCUUCACGGUGGGUGCAGCACUCGCGCCCAGUGCGAAGAUCUAUGUGACCAUGCGCAUCAUGGCCGGAAUACAAGGCUGCUACUUCCAUGUUGCUGGACAGACAAUACUCGCUGAGUAUUUCCCGCCUGUGCAACGAGGAACUGCCAACGGCUUCUUCCUGGCGGGCAAUACACUUGGACCUCCUCUAGGGCCUUUAGUCGCGGGGAUCAUGAUGACCUACACAACCUGGCGCAGUAUCAUGUGGCUCCAAGUUGCCAUGAUUGGUGUGGCGUUCGUUCUCGCUGUCAUUUUCGUCCCGGCGGGCAGGUUAGAUCAGCCAGGCCUGGCGUUGAAUCUGAGAGGCUGGCAGGCUGUGGCGACGUUCAACCCUCUCCCCGUGUUCAAGCAGAUGCGUUAUCCGAACAUCUCCCUCACGCAUCUAAGCUGCGGAUUCCUGAGCUGGUCGCAAUACUCGGUACUGUCAGCACCACGACAUAUACUGAGCACGCGUUUUCUCUUGACAUCCCCAAUCUCGUCCGGCUUGUUCUAUAUCGCGCCUGCGACUGGCUUUCUCCUGGGCACUGUCGUGGGCGGGCGCUACUCGGACAUGACAGUGCGAAAGUGGAUUGACAGACGUGGCGAGCGCCUUCCCCAGGAUCGGUUGAAUAGCGGCAUGUUAGCCUUCUUUGUCAUCAUACCACUGGCUUCAUUGCUAUAUGGAUGGGGUCUGCAGUGCAAUAGCUGCUCAACCGAAAAAGUGGGACUGGCAUUACCCAUAGUAACCAGCUUCUUUACUGCGGCUGGGCUCCUUGCUGCGUUUGCCAGCUUGAACACAUAUUGCGCAGAAGCAAUACCAAAAAAACGCGGCGAAGUCAUCGCAGGCAAAUAUAUAGUUCAGUACACGUUCGCGGCGCUUGCGACCUCUCAAUCUAUUCCUUUGAUGCAAGCUGUUGGAGUCGGGCCAGCUUCCACAAUUGGUGUGAUCUUGGUCCUCAUCGCUGGAUGUCUUACAUUCUUAACUGCGAAAUAUGCUUCUUCGAUGGAGGCAUGGGCGGACGAUACGCAAGAGAGCACCAAACAGGCACCGUGGCCUCAGUGA